UGAUAGGUAGGCUAUCAGCUAUUAUUUGUCAAUGUGAUCUAGAAAGUGUCUCUGAAAGAAUUUGUUUAUCAUUCUUUCACGGGAAGUUUCUAUGCCAACAGUUAUUAUUUAGUAUGGUUAGUUUAGCCAGGACUCGGGGUAUGAAAAACACCAUUUCCCAAUUUGCCCUCUUCCGUGUUUACGUUGUCCCUCCUUCCUUUCCAUCCCUCCUCCCUCCCCAUUUCCCCCAAUGAGGCCGUGGUGUUGGUAUCUUCGGAGACACACCGGAGUAGCCUACUAGACUACGAACAUGGCUGACACGGAGGGCUCCGGACUAGAGGAGGAGCCGGCCGUUGCUGGAGCUCCGGAGGCCGAAACACCCCUCUCGGCUCGGCCGCGCUAUGUGUCCUUUAGCGAAUCAAUGCAACCUGCCGUUGGAAUGGUCAGUCAACUGCUGGGUCAGCCAACGGCCUCUCUUAAGUUCGACAAAAACAUCAAACAGGCCUUCUACAACACCGGGGCGAUGAUUUUUGUUGCGAUCUGUUGCGGAGCUGCGGUGCUAGUUUACUUCAUCUUGGAGGCGUUCCUUCGUCCGCUGCUUUGGGCCGUGCUGUGCGGAACUUUCCUGCAUCCGUUCAAGCACUCUCUUGCCCGUGUCUGCCGCUCUUGGCUUCAUGGACUUGAGGAGACGGGAACCCCGGUGGUACUGGGGACGUUGUUAGUUCCGGUGUGGUGUGUCAAUUAUGUUGUUGACAUGCUGGGUACAUUGGUGCUGGAACGGUUGAAAGUACUACUGGUCAUAUUUGCAGGAGCUCCGUUACUGUAUGUGCUAUACCUGUCCUGGAGCCUCAUUGGAAUGCAGGUAAUCCUCGGACACGUCUGGACUGCCAUCUCUCUUGCACUGGAUUGCUUCAGCGCCGUGUGGGUGGGCACCUUAGUGGUUGGCUAUGUUCUGGCAGUGGCCUUCAAGUGGACCCCAGGGAUGGAGGGUUACCUGCGGACCAUGUCUGUUCCUGUGUGGACUAUUCUCAUAUUCUACCUUGUGUCUUUGGCAGGGUCGUGGAGAGUUCCUGUGUUUGUAGUAGCAGUGGUACUGCUCUUCAUUGGGUCACAAGAGAAGCAACCCACACCUGGUAGAACUGAGUUGUCAGGGCAGGUGUUGUCAUUUGCUGCCAGCACCCUUUUCAUGGCCAUAUCCUGCAGCACUCAUGCACAACCUAAAGGAGAGGAAGAGAAGAGUGACACAGCACCACCACAAGACUCAAUGGACGGACCUGGGCCAUUUGGAGGACAGGGGCGCAGUCGUGCGCGUCCAGAGCUGGGUGCCAUACGUCAGAAGAAGAGGGCCAGUGACAUCUACUUUGUGCUGCUGGGAUGGGCCUUCGUUGUGGUACAGAUAUUCCUCAACCUGUGGAUCAUACAGCUGCUCCCCAUACCCGUAGCUGUGUGGCUUCUGAAAAAAGCCAUAGUGCGCUUUGGUCUGAAGGGUUUUGCAGAGCGCAGUCUGUCUUCCUGGUGGGUCAGACUUCAGCAAUUCGUUGGAGAAAGACAGGAAGUACUUCUGCCUGGACCAAUCAGGGGCCUCUCUCAGUUCCUGCUCCGCGUUGACACCAAGCUCUGGCAUUGGCUUAACCAGCAGAUCAUCGUGUGGCUGGAACGUUGCCUGGAUAAACUUAUUAGCAUCUUCAUCAUCUGUCUGCUUGUUACUGGGACUCUGCUGAUGGCCCUGCUGCUCACAGUCAUGGUCCACCAUGAGAGUGUCCACAUCGUUGAGGUCACAAGUAACCUGAUCAAUGAGACGGUCUCCAACCACCCAGAGUGGGCAAACUGGCUUCCAGAGGCACGAGUUGUUCAGAAUGCCUUAAACUCGGCUGCAACCAAUGUCUACCAACAUGGUCGAGAAUGGAUAACACAUAAGCUACACAAAAUGUUGGGGGACAAGGUGAAUCACACAGCAGUCAUAGAGAAGCAGGUGCUGGAACUCUGGGACCGAUUGUACCACUCUUGGUUUGUGAAGAAUGCCACACACACAGGACGGCACCGCCACCAUAAGUGGCAUGUGCAGAGACAGAACAGCUGGCUGGGGGACAUUUUGGACUGGCAGGAUCUGGCCUCCUUCCUGCAGGAGAACAUUGAGACCCUUCUAUCGAUUUUGGAGUCUUUGUGGAUAGUGAUGAGUCGAAACUUGGGACUUCUCAUCUCUACAACGACCACUCUGUUAACGGUCCUAUUUCACAGCGGCACGGCGCUACUCAACUUUGUUUUGUCUCUGGUGAUCUUCCUGACCACACUCUUCUACCUGCUGAGCUCCAGUGGAGAGUACUAUAAGCCAGUCAAAUGGGUGAUCAGCCUCACCCCUCUGUCUCAGCCCGGGCCCUCGUCCAACAUCAUCGGCCAGUCAGUGGAGGAGGCCAUCAGGGGGGUGUUUGAUGCAUCACUGAAGAUGGCAGGCUUCUACGGUCUCUACACGUGGCUUACACACACUGUCUUCGGCAUCAACAUCGUCUUCAUUCCCUCAGCCAUGGCUGCUAUCCUGGGUGCUGUGCCAUUUUUGGGGACGUACUGGGCAGCUCUGCCAGCGGUGCUGGACCUGUGGCUGGCUCAGGGGGAGGGAUUGAAAGCGCUGCUCCUGCUGGUCAUCCACCUGCUGCCCACAUACUGUGUGGACACCGCCAUCUACUCUGACAUCUCAGGUGGAGGGCAUCCGUACCUGACGGGUCUGGCGGUUGCGGGCGGCGCGUACUAUCUGGGCCUGGAGGGGGCCAUCAUCGGGCCAAUCUUGCUCUGCAUCCUGGUGGUGGCGUCCAACAUCUACAGCGCCAUGCUAAUGAGUCCCAGCAGCGCACAGGCCACUCCAAUACAGAGCUACCAGAGGCCGUUCAUGGACACGCCGACGGUGCUGAAGGAAGGGAGUGAGUGAAGAAGUGGGUGACAUGUCUGCAGUGUGUCUGUUGUCAUCUCUCUCUCUCUCCGUCUCACUCCUCUCUGAUGCCAUGGCGGUGUACCAUCCCCGAGGGGUCUCUCGCGCCGCUCAGCAGUGGCUGUGCCGAGGCACCUAGAGCAGACCACCCUUCUUCUCCUCCUCCUCCUCCUCCUCCUCCUCCUCCUCUUCCAUUAGAGGUCAUUGUGGCAAGACCGUCUUUUCUCCAAUGGGCGUUUCCUCUGAGCUUCCCCUGCCAAGGACCACAGGGCGUCAACCACGGCUGACCUCAGCUCAGCCCAAUAAGCAGAUGCCAGUCACCUAACAAUGCUGACAUUGACUAAACUAGCUUUCUAACGCUAAACCAACUUUAGACUGGCACUCUGCUGCAAACCAGUUUUAAACCUGCAAUGAGACACCAUGUUAAAGCAGCUUUUGGUGAGAUGCCACUCACACUAGUACACUAGUAUAAACAAAUGUUAGUACCAUGGUCCUAAUUGAAGCCCCAUCUUAAACAUUGUCUUCAGUUAGAGCACCAGGUCCAGCUUUGAAUACCUCGUCUGUCACACCACUGAGUCAGUGGUGUUUUGGUCACAGUUAAGUAUCUGAUCCCACCCUUAGCUGUGCCCUUUGGAAUUUUGAUAAUGACUGAAAGCUACUCUAUGAAGAGCUUAUUUAUUGCUUUUGCUCUCUGUGAACUUGCCCAGAGAGACAAGUUACUCUAUCUGAAAUGACAUAACCAAUCAGGUUUAUUCCUUUGGGGAUGUGCGAUUUAGUGAUUCUGAUGAAUUUGUUUGGCAGAUGAGUUUUGCUGAAACGGUUGCCCUAAUAUAAAAGAGCGCUGGCACUGGCUAGUGCUGGUCAGACGCCUCCAGAGGGUUUAGGACACUAUCCGUGUCCAUCUAAAGGUCUCAAUAGUUUUGAGAAUGCUCUGUCAUGUCUUAUCUAUGAAUGCUGCCUUGGAGUCUGUUAUGUAGAUCUCGUCAGGCAAAGGUGUUCUGGCCUGUCAUGUGUUACCCAUGCACAUACACAUUGCACACUCUAAGCACACACAUUUGCACAUCCUCUUUGUUUGCUUAUACAUUAGUAGGAUAGGACUUGAACAGUUUUGAGUGAUGGCCUUUUGUCAAUAGCAUAGCAGAUAUAAUGGCACACCGAAACACAUUUAAAUUAACAAACUCACUUACUCUCCACUCAAGGGUGGCUCUCUUGUUCGUGUGUGCAAUUAUUUGUAUGUCGCAGUGGAAUCAUUCUGCUCCCAGUUAAGUAUUACCACAGAUCUACAUGCUAUUUGCCUCUUUCGCCCUUAACAUGCCAACGUAUCACUUACGGUCAAAAGAAUGGGCACAACUGUCCAUGAAAGGCUUUUACAGCUCCAUGCUGUAACUGCAUCGGAAUGGGACAUUUACCUCUUAAAAUGUAAAUCUUACAAAUGGCUCAGUAGAACUUCAUGUGUUGAGUUUAAGGAAUGUCAAGGUCUGAAUAGCGUGUUACUUGAAAACAAAAGUAAUUUUAUUUGGAUGGUAGGACAUAUUACUGUUUAGUAGUCUGCCUCUUAACAUAAGGUUCAGAAUGUUCACCUCACUCUUCAACCUUUAUCGGUAGAAAGUUUCUCAACCAGGGUGUAUGCCUGAUACUUUGGGUGUGCACAUACACACACACACACACUCUCUCUCACACACUCACACACACCUCAGGAACAUGGCGUAAAAAUGACUGAUCCUGUGGUACCACUGCCUUGAUCCCAUCCUUAAAAGUGCACUCCCAUCCAGUCUUAAAGAUGGGUUGAGUAUGUAGCAGGGAAAGGUCAAAUGCCAGUUAUCCAAUUAUCAUUAAACUUAUUGACCUUAAGGUUUUACAUUUUAGAUAUCUUUAAGUAUGCACCUUUUGUCCAUGCCCUACCAAAUCCUCUAGAAGCACUUUGAAGGUGAAACAUAUUUUGAGAAUCUGCUACUGUUUACACCAAAUAGUACUCUUAACUUUUGUUUUGUUACAUUUUUUUUUUUUUCAUUUCUAACUUUCUUUAGGUACAAUAACACUGCUGUGUUGUUCAUAUGUGUUACUCGUAGUAUUCCUAUACUUUUUUGUUCACCCUAUUGAAUGUCAUGUGUUUUUUACCAACAUUCACUGGUUGAUUAAAGGUUUGAAACAUU